AUGCGUAACAACCUCCGCAGCUCCCUGACAGAGAUGUGUGUGCUAUACGACGUCCUCAGCGUAGUCAAGGAGAAGAAAUACAUGGCCCUGGACCCAGUGUCCCAGGACCCCUCAGGCGGAAAGACACCCCGGGUGUUCCAGCUCAUCUGUAAGAAGAUGGCCACAGCAGCUCAGCUGCUCCUGAAGGGGGCAGAGAAACGAACCAAGUCAGUGGCAGAGAACCAGGAGAACAGAAGACAGAGGGACUUCAACUCAGAGCAGCUCCGCUCGGAGUGGAAACUACACAAAGUAGGAGACAAGAUCCUGGGAGACCUCAGCUACAGGAGCGCAGGAUCCUUGUUUCCUCUUACCGGCACCUUUAAGGUGAUAAAGAACAUGGAUUUCGACCUUGACAAGCAACUCCUGGAGGAUUACUGUCCACUGAACGUCCAGAUCCCCAGCGAUCUGGAGGGAUCAGCUUACAUCAAAAAACAAGCCCCUGACAUAGGUGACCUGGGCACUGUGAGCCUGUUCAGGCAGCCUAAAGCUAAAGCAGGCACUCAGCCGUGGCAUGUGAAGCUGGAAGCUGCUCAGAACGUGCUGCUCUGUAAGGAGAUCUUAGCUCUGCUGUCCCGGGAGGCGGUUCAGAUCAAGUCCCACAUCGUUGUCAAGAACCAGAUCAUCUCCCAACAGUUUCCAGGUCUCCAGUUGUCCGUUUCUCAGUGUCACUCCACUGGAGAGAAGAAGAACCAGAGGGCGUCUCCAGAGAAACCCAAACCUGACGACCACCUCUACGUUUUAGAACACAACCUGCACCAGCUCAUGAGAGAUCGCCCCUUUGGACACAAGAGGCAGCGUAUGGCAGGGCCCAUGGCCUACGACAAGGCUGAGAUCUCCAACCUGCAGCAGAAUGAGGGCCUACUGGAGAAGAUCGUCAAACAGGCCAAACACAUCUUCUUACGCAGCAGGAUGGCGCGGACCAUCGACGACCUGGCCAGCCGUAUAGAAGACCCCCAGAUCCAGGCCCACUGGUCCAACAUCAACGACGUGUACGAGUCCAGUGUCAAAGUCCUCAUCACCUCCCAGGGUUACGAGCAGAUCUGCAAUCAAAUGUCUCAGCAGCAGGUCCAUGCGGUACAGCACCUGGCUAAAGUGAUGAGUUGGCAUGUUCUGAGCUUCAGUAACCAUUUGGGCCUUGGCUCUUUGGAGAGCAUUGAAAGCGCCUGGGCCAUCACCAUUGCCUCCUCCAACAGGGAAUACGCAAUCUCAGUGGUCCAGAGAGUGGCUGUAAGCUCCUGGUCCAGUUUCCCACGUAGCCAGAACAAGGAGCUGCCCAAGUCUGACGUCAUCCAGGACGGGAAGUGGAACCACCUGCGAGGGCCCUACAAAGAGGUCCACUGGAGCUAG